GACGCGUUCUCCGUCGGCUCGCUCCCCUUGUCUCCUCUCCCGUUUCCCUUCCUAUAAAUCGAAUUCUCAAACGCAGAUUUCGUGUCACGACGACGAUUGUCAGCGGAGCAAGAGAAAGCCGAGAUCCAGCUUCUUCGCCGGAGAGUCGGAAACGGAAAUUCUAAGGUGUUCUAAUUGUUUCGCCGCCGCAGCCGCCUCACCUUCCGUUAACCAUGACAACAUCAAGGCGUCUAUCCAGUAGGAAGGUGGAGAAGUUUGAGAAGAACAUCACCAAGCGAGGAUCUGUCCCCGAAACCACUGCAAAGAAGGCAAGCAAUUAUCCAGUCGGUCCAAUCUUGCUUGGGUUCUUCGUCUUUGUCGUCAUCGGCUCAUCUCUAUUCCAGAUCAUUCGGACAGCAACAAGCGGUGGCAUGGCAUGAGUGAGUUCAUUUGUAGUAAUGUAGAAGACACCGGCUGUUGUUUUUUUAGUGUUGUUUGGGUUGUGUUAAUGCUGUUUCCUCCAUCUCUGUUCUGUAAUAGACCUCCCCCCCAAAAUAUUUUACCUUUAUUACUGAUAAUACAAUAAUGUUUCUGUAACAGUAUCAAAUAUCGAGUUUGGUUAACAUAUUUUGAUAGAUAGAUUCAUUCAGAAAUGUCAAAUGAUUUGCAGAUGUGUUUUUUAGUAGAUUUCCUUCCAUGUUUAAAAAACCUAUGAUAAGAAGUCAACAAACACCAAUUAAAGCACAGAAAAACUG